UUGUAGGGACGCGCUGUUUUUAUUCUGUGUAACAAAUCAUGGCUAACAAUCUGGUUAUCAGAGCUUUGAAAGCUAACUCAAAGUCGUUCAAUUUGAGCUCCAAGAAAAUGACCGAGGUUCCCAAAUCGGUUUCGAGAUUAACAAAUAUGUUAACCCUUCAUUUGAACAAUAACUCUCUUACUUCUCUGCCUGUGGAACUGCAGACGUUACGAAACUUGACAGAACUCAAUUUGGGAAAUAAUUCUCUGGAGGAGAUCCCGUGUGUUCUGAGAUACCUGAACAGCUUGAAAAAACUUUAUUUGUUUGGAAACCACAUUACAAGAUUGCCACCCGAGGUGUUAGAAGGACUUGAUAACCUCACUCUCCUCAAUCUGAACCACAAUCACAUCACAGUCCUUCCACCAGAGAUUAAAAGUCUUUCUAACCUAGAAACCCUCAGCUUACUGGACAACCAGUUGGAGGAACUUCCUGUAGAAAUAGGUUUUCUCAAGAAGAUGGUUGAGAUGAAUUUAACCAACAACAAGCUGUCCAGACUGCCCAAACAGAUAUACAGUUUGUCACAACUGGCCAGAUUAUAUCUGGCCAGAAACAACCUCACGGAACUGCCAGAGGGUGUUAUUGGGCUGAUGAAGCUCAGAGUGCUGGAUGUGGCUGGAAACCGUUUAUCCAUGUUUCCGGUCGACUUCCAGCUUCUGACCCUAAAUGAGCUGCUCUGCGAAGGAAACACAUUCGUGAAGAAUAAACUGAUGGAAUCUGUUCAGGCUGUGGAGGUGCUGUCAUUGAAGGAGCUGUCUGCUCGUCGGAUCCUGGUGGAGGACAAGAGUAGGUUGGGUGUGGUCCACAGGGCUCUGUCGUACCACCCUGGUCUGAGCCUGCUGCUGGCUGACUGGGGCAGGUGUUCCCUCUGCCUCCAACCCUUCCUCACCACCUGGCUGGAGUGUGUACGCUUCAUCAACCUCAGGAAGGUACAGAGAGGAUACAGCCCUAAUGGCACCCUAUUCCCUACUUAGUGCACUACCU